UGUGUUGGUUAAACUAGAAGGAUGUAGCCAUCCUGUUGUUAUGAAAGGAUUGUGUGCAGAAUGUGGCCAGGACUUGACGCAGUUACCAAGCAAGAAUGGAAAACAGAAUGUGCCACUAUCCACAGCAACUGUGUCUAUGGUUCAUAGUGUCCCGGAACUGAUGGUUAGCUCUGAGCAAGCUGAACAACUCGGAAGGGAAGAUCAGCAGCGACUACACCGGAACCGAAAACUUGUACUGAUGGUAGAUUUGGACCAGACAUUAAUUCAUACUACAGAACAGCAUUGUCAGCAGAUGUCUAAUAAGGGAAUAUUCCAUUUCCAGUUAGGCCGAGGAGAGCCUAUGCUGCAUACCCGUUUGCGUCCUCAUUGCAAGGAAUUCCUAGAAAAGAUUGCCAAAUUGUAUGAAUUGCACGUUUUUACAUUUGGUAGUAGACUUUAUGCACACACUAUUGCAGGAUUUUUGGAUCCCGAAAAGAAACUUUUUUCCCAUCGGAUAUUGUCAAGGGAUGAAUGUAUUGAUCCAUUUUCUAAGACUGGGAAUCUUAGGAAUCUCUUCCCAUGUGGGGAUUCCAUGGUUUGCAUUAUUGAUGACAGAGAAGAUGUUUGGAAGUUUGCACCCAAUUUGAUAACUGUGAAGAAAUAUGUAUAUUUCCAGGGGAUUGGAGAUAUCAAUGCACCACCUGGACCAAGAGAAGCCCAAAUGAGAAAGAAGGUGAAUCAUUCUUCAAAAACAUCAGAAGGAUCAGAUACAACAAUGGUAACAGCAAAAGAUUCUGAAGAAGCAAAGAAUGUUGUUACAUGUGUGGAAGAGCAAAGUAAUGGUCUCAAGAAUUCUGCAAAGGAAACUUGUACUACAAAUGGUAGUGACUUUGUAAGCAAUGAAUCUACCAACUGCGGGUUGAAUUCCAAUGAUAAAGUUAACGUGCAAGAUUCCUUAAGCGAUACUACUGAUCACAAAGCGGACAGUAUAGUGACUGAUGACUUGGUGACUGUUAAGGAGCCUCAGAUUUCACCAGAACAAGAUGAUAGGACAGUUCUGAACAAGCAGCAGACCCAAGAAAAGGCAGCAAAUGACUUGGACUUUGAACUUUCUAGUGACAGUGAAAGUGACAGUGGUUUAGAUGCUAGGAAGUCAUCCAGUACUUCUGCCUCAGAUAGUGAAAAUGAGGAAAAGAGAAGCUGGAAGAAGUCAAAGCAACCUACCCAAGAUGAAAGUUUCCUGCAAGAAAGUUGCACUGAUGUCAGUGGGAGAAAGGAUGGUCAGGUGAACCAUUCUGGGGAUGCAAAGUGUCCAUCUAGCAUAAAUCCUCAUGAAAAGACAAUUGAUCUUGUAGUGCAAGAAGAAAGUGAACAGGACAGCCUUUGCGAUCUAGGAAAUGGGUGUGCAGACAAGAAGGAAGCUGAAACAGAGUCCCAAAAUAGUGAACAAUCUGGGAUUACAAUGGGUGAAUCUUUAGACCAGAGUAUGGAAGAGGAGGAAGAAGAAGAAGAUACAGAUCAAGAUGAUCAUUUAAUAUACCUCGAAGAGAUACUUGUUCGGGUACACACCGAUUAUUACACAAAAUAUGAUAAAUUCUUGAAAAAAGAGAUUGAAGAAAUUCCUGACAUCAGGAAAAUAGUGCCAGAACUGAAAAGCAAGGUGUUGGCAGAUGUAACUGUACUAUUUAGUGGACUCUAUCCUACAAAUUUUCCCAUAGAAAAAACACGGGAACAUUACCAUGCUACAGCACUUGGUGCUAAGAUUGUGAAGAACCUAGUAUUGAGUGCUGAAGAUCCCAACAAGGCAACUCAUCUUAUUGCUGCAAGGGCGG